UGAUUGGCUGUCAACUAAAGUCCCGCCCUCCUUUAGCAGCAGGAAAAUGAGUAACCUGCAGCUUGGUUUGCUAAAUCAUGGCUUCAUUUAUGGAACGAAUAGCUUUUCUUCAGAAAGUUCCCAUCCUGAUGAAAGCUACAGCAGAUGAUGAAACGCCCUGUCCUGGCUACGUUUUCCAGGAGAUUGGCAAAAUCUGCCACGAGUCUUUAGGUUAUGGUCAGUGUUUGUUGGAAUACCUUCUGGAGAGGCUCCAAGUCGAGUCCUGCCAUGUUAAACUAAAGGUGCUAAAGAUCUUCGUCCAUCUCUGUGGUCAUGGAUCGAAGCCUUUCCUCACGGAGCUCAGAAGGAAUUCCACCUUCAUCCAGCAAGCAUCAGUUUACAGUGGUCCCCCUGAUCCCAUCCAUGGCACAGCACUUUACCAGAAAGUGAGAAACACAGCACAGGAAGUGGCUCGUUUACUUUUCACAGAUGCAGUUUCUGUCAAAAGCAGCAUAGCUCCUCACAGCAUAGCACCCCCGACUAUGGGUAUGGGGUCGGCAGGUUCCCUCAGGUCAGGGCUGCAAGGCUUUGGCUAUAGUCCAGGAAAGCAGGGAAUGGCAGGCAGCGACUCGCUCCUGGACAAGAUCCAGAAGGCUGCCGAGGUGGUCGCUAGCGCCGUCCUCCCCCCAGCGGAGCAGCAGGGCAUCCGUCUUCAUGACAACCAUUACCGUGCAGUCGUGGCUCCAUCGGCACCCAUAGAGGUGGCUGUGCCGGCGUGUGCCUAUAACCUGCCUAUCAGCAGAUCCAAAGCGGUGAGCCAGCGGUGCCCCGGGCAGGUGGGAGGUGGCUGGGAGGAAACUGACAGCAGCAACAACUCAUCCCACAACUCGUCUCAGGAGAUCACCACCAACAGCAGGACGUCCGUGUGCACGAGGAGCCAAUCAGGAGCCAGCAGAGAGAGCAGUGGGGACCUCUCAGAGAGGACUGAAGCUCUGCAGCUGGGUGACUGUGGUCAGGAGACGGCUCUCAUCAACAGACUGACCGAAGGCUCCAGAGUUUUUCUGACCAAGGAGGAGAGUCAGCACUUCCUCAAAGAGUGUUUCAUUCUGAACUGUGAGGUUGUGGUGGAGCUGCUCUCCAACAAGCUUCAAGAGUCCUCCUGCGCCAUUAGGAUGCGGGCUCUGUGUGCUGUAGCGUGCCUCAUGACCUCUGACCUCCUCUCUUUGGAGCAAAUCUUUGGAGCUACUCGGUGCAGACUUCAGCAGCUGAGCGAGGGACCUCCAGGACCCGUGGCAAACAAAGCUACCAAGAUCCUCAGGCAGUUUGAGGCUCUCAUGGGUGGAUCUCUACACUCUACCAGCCAACAGGCAGCAGCUACUCAGCUUCACACGUCCCACAGCUCCAACUUUAACCUGUAUCAGUGUGAAUCCUCAUCAGCAUCAGAUCAACCAUCUCCUCCUCGUGGUCCAGAACGGGCGUGGAGAUACUCCACUGAGGAGGACCACAGGGACAAGAACCUGGAAGAAUCAGAGGAAAACGGUGUGGAGACGAUCAGAGCUGCUGAUGUAAAACCAUCCCCUGGAAGUCCUGCGUCAAUCAGAGACAUUAUCUCUGAGCCUCCGAGCGUCCUGACUAACCAGAGCAGACCGUCUCUGUUCAGAGGAAUGGAGCUGGUGGCCAAAGGGAGGGUGCUGCAUGAAAGUGUCACAGAGUCACAUCAAACGGGCGGCAGCUCGGGGGGUGACCCCGAGGGUCGGUUAGACUCUCCUGUGAGUUGUGGUCAACCUGGAGAGGACGCCAUGUCUGGUUUUGGUCCAGUCACGGCUGGUCAAACACGGCCUGUGUCGGCGUUCGCAUUUCUCAACUUUUGACAACCAACCAUGCUCUUAGAGGGGCAAACCUUAAACAGUGAUGUCAUCGAUAGUUGUUUUAUCUUACAGCACCCAAACCUAAGUUGUGCCUGAUGUGCAUGUUUGUUAGCAGCAGUGUAGGGUUUAUGUGUAUUGUCAGAAACAGCAGAGAAAUGCACAGAUACAAACGUAUCAUGACAAGGACAGCGCUCCUUGUCCCCGAGGACUCGUUUAAAAGAGAGCAACAUGAUGAUCCAGAAGGUAAAGCCGAGGGGAAUGCUUCUAGCCCAACUCCACGCAAACUAAAUCAAAGAGAACAAGAACUCUGUUACGGUUUGUACCUGUGAGAGCUCAUUUUCAGCUUUUCCUUCAUUCAAAAGUAGAAUUAAACCCCUAAAAACGUCCGCUAACAAACAAAAGUGAGUCUUUGAGCUGCUUAUGUGGCUACAGUCCACUACUGGUUCUAGUUCAGACUGAAGGUCGUAUGCUGCCGCACAUUUAACUCUUGAUUUGUAAUUGGUAGAGAUGAUCCGAUCACGUUGUGUUUGCUCCCAAUCCGAUUUACCGGUAUUUGAUUUUGAGUACCUGCCAAUACUGAAUCCUAAUCUGAUUCUUUUCAGGAAAGCAUUAAAAUUUAAAAAAUAAUAAUUUUCAGGAAGCUGCAAGCAUUUUAGCAGAGGUGUGGGCUCGAGUCACAUGACUUGGACUCGAGUCAGACUCAGGUCAUUAUUUUAAUGACUUCUGACUUGACUUGAUCAAAUCUAUAAAGACUUACGACGACUCGGACUUGAAUGCCAAUGACUUGCGACUUGAAUCGACCUGCAUCUGUUGACUUGAUGAUGACUUGAGCAUAGUUGAUAUUUUAGCACAAAAGUGACACGACAUGGACAAAAAUCAUAAAUCAUUCUGGGUUUGGUCUUGUUCUGCUAACUGCAGCAGCACGUUGUUUAUAAUCAGUUUCAGUUGCACUUCCUGCUGUUUGAGCAAAUAAAUGAAGCUUUAAGAAGCUUUAUUUCUGGAAUUUAUUUAUUAUCGUUGUCGUUAACUUGAAGUUGGACAGAUGACUUGAUUAUGACUUGAAAAUUCAAAGUUAAGGACUUGGACUUGGUUGUCUUUGACUUGGACUUGACUCGAGACUUGACUGGAAAGACUUGUGACUUGCAAAGCAGUGACUUGGUCACAUCUCUGCAUUUUAGCUCUCCUUAAAAGGCACGUUAGCUCUGCGUUAGCCUGCUUGCUAACAGCUGCAUCUUGGUGUCUGAAUCCCUGCCUGCCGUAUAUGUGUGACCUACAGUGUUGUUUUCGUACAAGAAGCAAAUAAUACGGAUGUAGAGGAACUUAAAUGAAAACGAAGCUAUUGUUAUCCCAUUAUAAAAGCUUUGUCUCAGGAUGAAUUUAAAAUGUCAUGUUUGUUGUUUUAAAAGUUUAAAUCCAGUCUUUUCAUCCGGAUCCUUUUAAAAUCACGUGAUCGGACCCGAUUUCAGAUCAUGUGAUCAGAUCGGGGGCAUCCAUCGUAACUGGCUCUGACCUGACGAACCUUAAACAUGAUGUCUGUUAUAAAUCAAAACCAGAAUUGAGUUAGUAUUUAAAAGAAGUGGAAAACCAGAGAACAUUACUGCUGAAUGAGGCUGAUUAGCUUCAUUUGCAUCAAGACUUCGUUAGAAAUGUAAUGGAAACACAUUUACAGAUGCCAGCGUAGGAAAUGUAUAUAAAUGAGCCUAAAGCAAACCAACUGCUGAUCACAAUAAAUGUGAUCACCCUCUUAGCAGUGACUCAAAGUAUGAAUUAGGAAAACAGGAGUUUGGGGGGAGACUUAGGGAAUAGUACGAUGGAAGAACCCAUUUAAUCGGGGUUGUGUUCUACAACAAACCAAUGAAGAAGUGAAAGUGUCCUCAGGUGUGAUCAAUAGCCUGCUGACAGGGUUGUUUGACCUCCACGUGCUGCCCUCAGCCUCUGGUAGAAAAAUCUUUCACUCAGACCUUUGAAUGACCUUUGUCUUCCGUGUUUAUUUUAGUACCAAGCAAUCAUGUUGGCGGGACUUUGGUGGAUUACACUAUAUUUAUAUGUAUUACAUGUCUCCUGUUCUAGGGUCCAUGAUUUCUAACUAGUGGAGGAAUUAUUGAGCUAUCGUGUGAAAAAUCAGUGUUCGAUGCAACAUCAGAAAUAUUCACGUGUCAUAAAACGGCGUCGCCGCGACUCAGUUGUUUGAUGUUUUGUGACCUACUUGAGUGCAGUGUUGCCAUGUAGAGCCCCUACAUGUCCAGACUGCUGCUGGUUGUUUGGACAAUAAAACAAGCUGUUCUUGCUACAGCACCAACUGCUGCUCUAGUCUGCUUAAGGUGGCUGAAGGUCAUCAAAAGGUCUAAAGACUACAGAACAAUAAAAGAACAGGCUCAUCUCAUUUUCAGCACAAUGUAUUGGUCUAGUUAACCACCUGUUAACAAAUAUGGAUGCCAAAAGGCUUAUGACACACACACACACACACAGGUGUAAAAUGUAAACUACUGGUUAAAAGUUUAUUGUGGUUUUACAUGAAGCAGGCAGCAGAACCAGCUGUCAGCUCCUCACUUAAAGCUGGUAAGGUUUCUAAAACAUACGGUGAAACUGCGAAAAACUAGAAUCUGGUGUAAAAGUUCAUUUAUGUCACUAACUCAACUCAAAUGUGAAUCUAAUACAAAAACCUCACAACAUCUCCGACAAUUACAAUAUAGUGAAAAGGGUCAAUAUUCUAGACUCGGUGUGUAAAACUAAUGAGCUGAUGAAUCUAGAACACCAUGGUCCUCUGAGCUGAAAUAAACCUUUACACCACA